AUGGCUUCCUUAGUAUCUUCAGGUUUAAGCGCAGAAGCUCCCGAAUUUCUCCCCAGCAACCAACUGCAUACACUUCACCCACCAUCCCUCACUUUCGCUCCUCUCACACAUCAACUCUCUUACCCUUUUUUCUAUUACUACUAUCCCGCUGCCACAAGACACCAUUUUCAUUCAUCAACUUUCUUUUCCUUUCGCUUUCAUACAAACCACCAUCUCACCACCGCAACUCCUACUUUUCCACCGUCUAUCCCUAUGCAAAAAGAAGUAGCGGUUGAGGCGGCAUCUGCAGAGGGUAAUUAUUCCAAACAGGUUUUAAGUGACGGACAAAUGGAAGACCGUUGUUCUCACACAUUGAGAAUCCCAAGGACUGAGUGGAGGAGGAAGGGAGUAGAUGUUUCUGAAAAAGAGAGUUCGAGAAAGAAUCAUCACAGUAAACAUGAACUACACUCUAGGGCUUCCACCGAGCGGAAAAAUAAAGAAAGUGCUUUUCCCGUGGUUCCCGUUCGUCCCGAUGGAGAUGAAACAACCGUAAUGAUUAAAAACAUUCCUAGCAAAUAUACUCGAGACAUGAUAGUGAAGUUCUUGGAGAACCAUUGCAUGGUUGAAAACGCCAAAGAUCGAGAAAAUGGAGAAGAAAACACUUACUCCUUUGAUUUUGUCUACUUACCGAUAGAUUUCAGAACUGGGCUGAACAAAGGAUAUGCCUUUGUAAAUUUCACUGAGGCUAGUGCAGCUUGGAGAUUUGUUCAGACAGCAUCCAAUCAGAAAUGGGAAUUGUUCCUUUCCCAUAAGAUACGUGAUGUGGUUGCCGCACGUCUUCAGGGAAAGGAUAAAUUAGAGAAACACUUUGUAAGUGUAAAUUUUCCCUGUGAGUCCGAGGAAGUUCUGCCUCUGUGCUUUAGUCCACCUCGGGAUGGUGUAAUCAAAGGAACCCAAAGGACACUGGGGAGGCUUCUCUACAAGCACAAGUAG